CUCUUAAUUGUCGCUUGCACUCUCUCUCUCUCUCUCUCUCUCUCUCUCUCUCUCUCUCAUAUGGAACGAAACUUACAACCUAAGUGGGAAUCCAAGGUUUCUACAACUCUAACACAUGCUAGUGCAGGCCAAAUAUGGCCUCUUUUCAAGGACUUCUUCAACCUACACAAAUGGUUCCCAAGCCUACCCACUUGUUAUGGGAUCCACGGUACCAACGGUGAGGUGGGUUGCAUCCGGUACUGCUCCGGCUUUGAACUCCCAUCCGAGGACGGUGUCAACUCCAUCAGCUGGUCCACAGAGAGGUUGAUAGCCACUGAUCCUAUUGAUCGGAUCAUCGCCUACGAGAUCGUUGACUCCAACACCGGGUUCAAGUCGUACGUUUCAAAGGUCAAGAUCGUUCCUACAGGAGACGAUGGUCAAGAUCUGGGGUGCGUGAUCGAGUGGUCAUUUUCUGUCGAGCCGGUGGAAGGAUGGGUGUUGGAAGAUUUGGUGAAGAAAUAUGAAUAUGGGCUGCAGGGGAUGGCUAAGAAAAUGGAGGAUGCAAUAAGGAGCACAGAACAAGGUCAAGGAGAGUAGUAGUUGUUUUUGAGCAGUAGUUGGCUACGCGGAAUGCUGUUUGGCUACGCGGAAGAUUUGCUGUUUGUCCCUUUCUUUUGUUAAAGCAUGAUACAUAUGGCUAUUCAAGUACUAAAGAACACGAAAACAUCCAACUAAUGCUUUGAUACCAAA